ACCCUCUUCUACCGCCAAGCUGAGCCGGCCCAGCAGGCACCGAAGCUGACGGUGCUGCUGCUGCACGGCAUUCGCUUCUCCUCUGACACCUGGCUUCAGCUGCGGACGCUUGCCACGCUGGCUGAAAACGGCUACCGAGCUGUGGCUAUCGACCUGCCGGGGCUGGGGCGCUCAAAGGAUGCUGUGGCCCCAGCGCACGUGGGCCAGCCAGCGCCGGGGACUUUCCUGAAAGCGGUUUCGGAGGCUCUGUGCCUGGGUCCGGCCGUGGUGAUCAGCCCAUCCCUCAGCGGCAUGUACUCCCUGCCCUUCCUCUUCCAGCACAACCACCUGCUCAAGGCGUAUGUGCCCGUGGCACCCAUCUGCACCGAGAAAUUCAUGGCGGAGCAGUACACCCAGAUCAAAACACCCACGCUGAUCGUGUACGGGGACCAGGACGUGGAGCUGGGGCAGGCCAGCCUGAACAACCUGCGGCACAUCCCCGAGCACCAGGUGCUGGUGCUGCAGGGUGCCGGACACAUCCUGGCUUUGUGA